CCCAAUUACACUCCUAAAGAUUUGGAGUGGAUUUCCAGAGAAGGGGGGAAGUAAGAUGCCGGGACAAAAGUGGUUUCAGGAUCCUGAAGGAGACUUAGUCUGGGUCAAAAGGCACGAGCCUAAAACCCUGGAGCCGCGCUGGAAAGGACCACACACCGUGAUUCUGACUACACCCAUGGCCGUGAAGAUAGACGGUGUCCGAACCUGGAUUCAUCACUCUCAGGUCAAGAAAAAUUGCGUGAAGGUGGGAACAACCCAGACUGAUACAGAACCAGAUAACAAACAGCAAAGGAAGGUUCAAAGGCACCCAGAGGAUCCUUUAAAGCUAAGACUGAUGCGGGCAUAAUAAUAAUUUUCUGGGUUUGUAUGGUGUUAAGUGUGGGGGACUGUAUGAAAUUGCAUCCCCUAUCUUUUUGGCCAUACCAAUGGGAACUCAGGGCCACUGUCACGGGGAAGGUGAUAGCAUCUAAUACCUCUUCCACUGUGCCUUGUUUUUUUUGUUUGAUUUAUGCGACUUGGUGGGGGACUCAUGGGGGACUUUAGUUACUAAUUAUAAACAGCCAACGGGCUUUGCUCCUCUGGUCCCCGAAAACCCCUAUAUGGUUACCUAUGGAUAUGGACACAGGGAUGAAGAACAAAAAUUGGCUAACAUACCAGGGUUAUACAGUUGGCCUGCAAAUAGAAAGGUCGAAUGUGAAGGAAAAGGCCAAUACCAUUGUGCAAAAUGGGGUUGUGAAACGCUGGCCCCCUGGCUGGCAGGACAGGGCCAUGAUCCCUUAAUCACCCUCCUUAGAACUCGAGAUCCCAAAUGUAAGACUCGAGGAAAAUGUCACCCAACAAAAAUAUGUUUAAAAAAGGUUUCUAGUCCCAGUACCUUUUCCUCUUCCUGGGACACUGGACACACUUGGGGUCUCAGGAUGUAUGCUCCAGGAGUUGACAAGGGCAUUUCCUUUACUAUACAAAGGGUUAAAAGAAAAACUCCACCCAAUCCGGUAGGGCCAAACAAGGAUAUGAUUUUACACCUCCCACUCUUUCCGACUGUCCCUUCCCAACCUACCCCGCAAUCGGGUGUCCCCACAAAGUCGGAAUUACCAACUACAGGUCAUAUCCAGAACCUGCUCUCCCCUGAGACGCAUUGGCUGGAUGGAGUAGAUUCUACGUAUGCUUGGCUAAAUUCAUCUCACGCCGAGACUGUACAAGAUUGUUGGCUGUGUUUAAACCCUAAACCCCCAUAUUACGCGAGAGUGGCUACAAACGCUAGCAUUGGACAAGACACAGAAAAGCAUGUCGUGAAAUUGCUAAAUCCAAGCACGACAUUGUGCCCUUGGGGUUCACGACCAAUUUUAACCCUAGGAGACCUCCAAGGGCAGGGUUGGUGUAUAGCGUCCCAAGAAUAUAAUUGGCAGAGCUCGCCUUACAAAAACUCUUGUGCAGAAGUGUAUAUUCCAACUAGUUCAGAUACUGCUAGCGCCCAAAAUAUACCAUACCGAGCCCUUCCUGGAGCCUGGUUUGCUUGCUCAUCAGGAAUUACCCCCUGCAUUGCAGCCGCAUACCUCGGGGUCGGCACCCAAGAGAUUUGUAUCUUAGUUCAUAUUCUCCCACAAAUAUACCUAUAUAGCCGAGAAGCAGGGAAAGAGCACUUACGUCUAUUCGAAGGACGUUCCAGGGUAAAAAGGGCAGCACCAGUCCUCAUUCCACUCCUAGUGGGACUGGGAAUUGUGGGAUCCACAGCUAUUGGAACUGCUGGACUCAUUGUGGGGGACCAAAAUUACAAAACUGUAAGCAAGCAAGUGGACCGAGACCUAGGCUGCUUGGAAACUUCAAUUUCUCGGCUGCAACACCAAGUAGAUUCUUUAGCCGAAGUUGUAUUACAAAACAGAAGAGGACUUGAUUUACUCUUCAUGAAGGAAGGGGGCCGAGGUUGUAUUACAAAACAGAAGAGGGCUUGAUUUACUCUUCAUGAAGGAAGGGGGCCUCUGCGUGGCCCUCGGAGAAACGUGCUGUGUUUAUGCGAACAAUUCCGGAGUAAUCUGAGACACUCUCAGUUUGGUCAGGGAUAAUCUUAGGACCAGGGAACGUGCCAGGGAGGCCAGCAAUAAUUGGUAUCAGACUUUACUCUCUUGGUCCCCCUGGCUCACAUCACUGCUCACUGCCACAGCUGGGCCACUGCUAUUGUUACUUCUCGGGUUAACUAUUGCCCCGUGCAUUAUCAAUUGGUUAGUACACUGUGUCAAGAGGCGAGUUAGUGAAAUAAAAAUUAUGAUGAUUAGGUCCAAUUAUGUCCCCUUAGUUCCUAAUGAUGAAUCAAGGGAUGGAUUCAUUGACAAGAAAAGGGGGAAAUGUAAGGGUUAAAUUGUAGUGUAGGGCUAACGCUUAGCUUGAAAAAUAACAGCUCUGUUCUGACACUGCAGGUCAAAAGAUAACAGCCUUGCUUUUACUCUUGUAAAUUAGGCUUUACCAACGAAGGAAACAAAAGUUCAAAGAAAAGAGCAUCAAAGGCAAGGUCAAGGAGAUCCACUGGUUGCAACUUCGAGGCAGAAAGUCUAAAAUAAACACCUCAUUAGGCAACUGUUUCUAACUCAUCUGGCAACUGUUUCUAACUCAUCUGGCAACUGUUUCUCUGUUCUGUUCCCAGGUAAUGAUAAAACGAUGUGAUCGGCUUUAAAAACUCUGUACCCAGGCUGUUCGAGGCCGCACUCUUAUCAAGAGUGUUGGUCCGGAUUGGUCGGCCUUGCCUCUCAUUGUAAUAAACUCUGUUGUGACUGUCACUGGUGCCCGUAG